AAUAAAGAUCGGCGGCGGCGGCGCCCAGCAAGUCGUGGGGGUCUGAGUGCAGCUGAGGGACUGCCACAGGGCCCUCUGGCCCAUCUGUAGGCCGGCAGCGCCAUGGCUGGCGUGGGCUUCGAGGAGUUCUCGGCGCCCCCGGGCUCGGAGCUAGCGCUGCCACCGCUGUUCGGCGGCCACAUCCUCGAGUCCGAGCUGGAGACGGAGGUGGAGUUCGUCGGGGGAGCCCUGGGUGGACCGGGGCUCCGGGAGCGAGAGGAAGAGGAGGAGGCGGCCCGGGGCCGCCGGCGCCGCCAGCGAGAGCUCAGCCGCCGCAAAUACCAGGCGCUGGGCCGGCGCUGCCGGGAGAUCGAGCAGGUGAAUGAGCGGGUCUUGAACAGACUUCACCAGGUGCAGAGAAUUACAAGGAGGCUCAGGCAAGAGCGAAGGUUUCUCAUGCGAGUCCUGGAUUCCUACGGGGAUGACUACCGGAAGAGCCAGUUCACUAUUGUGCUGGAGGAUGAGGGCAGCCAAGGCCCCGAUGCCACCACCCCGGGAAACACAGAGAAUGAGCCUCCAGAAAAGGAAAGCCUGUCACCUCCCCCUCGACGACCCCCUGAGCCCAGCAGUUCCCCGCCUGGGGAAGGCCCCAGUGGAAGAAAGAGGCGGAGGGCCCCUCGGGAUGGACGCCGAGGUGGGGUUUUGCUAACCCCAGAGCUGGGCCCAAGCCAGAUCAAGGUCGAGGAUGACUUUGGCUUUGAGCCGGACGAGGCCCUCACCCCGGGAUGGGUAGCCCGAGGCCCAGACAAACUGCUUUCCUACCCCAGCUUGGGCAGCCCUCCCUUUGACCUUACCCCCCAAUAAAGCUUUGCUUCCCAUACAGCCCUUGCAGAGACUCCAGGA